UCAGAGCGGGCGAUCAUUCAGUGCGUGAUUGUCGCAGAAGCAGGUAGUCGCGCGGUCCGCUGUCGUGUAGCACCACGCCGAGUGUUGCGAACUAACUUGAAUCAUAGUCGUCUGAGUCAGUGUGGCGCGCGUGUUCAGUGUGAUGGUGAACAGUAUCUUAGUGCAUUCCUAGUCGACGUGUAAUGCACGCCAUGAGUGACCCGGCUGCUUUGGCAGGCAUGUUGCCUUUUGACUCCAUUGGACUGUAUGAACAGCCUAAACCACGUUUCAUUUUCAAAAUGCCUCGGGUAGUUCCUGAUCAGAAAGCUAAAUUCGAAUCUGAUGAUCUCUUUAAAAGGCUAAGCCGCGAAAGUGAGGUGCGGUACACUGGGUACCGGGACAGGCCGCCGGAGGAGCGCCAGAUGCGCUUCCAGAGCGGCUGCCGUGAGGGUCACACCGAGAUCGCAUUCACCGCCACCGGCACCAACCUGCAACUCGUGUUCGACCACUCGCCAUACAACAACCGUGGCUGCGACUUUCAGAAAGAGAGCGGAAAGGCCCACAUUGUGUCCCGAUUCAUCAUGAAUGGCGUGUGCGUGAGGUGGCGGGGAUGGAUUGAUUUAGAGCGACUGGACGGCGUCGGAUGUUUGGAAUUGGACGAAGAGCGAGCCGCUAUUGAGGACGCGGCGUUGCGCGAUCAAAUCGAGCGAUACAACCAGAGGCUGCGGGACUUUGAGGACAAGCAGCGGGCGUACCGCGAGCACGGCGAGGAGCUGCGCGCGCACUCGCACGUGCACCAGCGCUGCCACCAGCCGCGCCAGGCGCCGCACGGCUCCCACCCCGCGCAUCCCUCGCACCCGCACCCCGCGCACCCCGUGCACAUCAAGCCACACUCACAAGGAGCGCUCAUUUCCUAAGCCAUCUCCGACAAGUCGCUCCGAACGUAAGUUGACCUAGAAAAGACAUAAUUCAGACUACAAAUAAAUCACUUAAGAAGAUGCCUGUCAUCAUGAGGUUAAAAACAAGAAUCGUCAUCAUGAAGUAGAUGUUAAUUAUCACCUCCUUACGUCAGGAGUGACGAAGCUUAGAAGUAGGGACAAACCAAA